AUGAGCCUCCUCAACAAGCCCAGGAGUGAGAUGACCUCAGAGGAGGGGCAGAAGCGAGAAGAGGAGGAGUUUAACACAGGCCAGCUCUCCGCGCUCACACAGUGGGUCAAGAACAACACUCAAGUGCUCAUCAACUGUUGCAAUGUGAAGCUCCUGGACCGCGAGAAGGCCUUCGACAAGCACUGCAAUGUAGUUCUGGAGAACGUGGAGGGGAUGUGGACCGAGGUCCUCAAGCGUGGUAAGGACAAGAAGAAGUCCAAGCCCAUCAACAAUGACCGCUACAUCUCUAAGAUGUCACUGCGUGGGGACUCGGUCAUCGUGGGCCUGAGGAUCCCUCUCAUCUCUAGCAAGUCGGGUUGCUCCCACCUCUACAACCCUGCUCCACAGCCACCUCCUGCCUCCUGCCACCCCUGGAUGACCUGCCUCGAAUUGGGAAGAAUAAAGUCUCUUGUCAAGCAAGAGAAAGCACGCUGCUCGUUGUGUGCCAGGCACUUCAGCAGAUAUCAGAAAGAUAAAGAUGAAGGAGAGACACCCUCUCCCAAGGGAUGA